AUGAAAGUUUUUGUGUUGGCUGCUUUAUUAGCGGUUUCAUUCGCUCAGCAGCUGGAGGAAUGUAGUUCAGGAGGACCGGAGUUCUGGUGUGCGAGUUGUCAGAACGCUGAGGCUUGUUCCGCUCUGAUACCCGGCCUGGUGGAGUAUUGUCAGCAGAUCGGUAUCUUCACAGCUGGACAGUGCUCUGGUGGUGGUGAUAGCGGUGGAGAUUCUGACCCAGUCACUCUUCCUGUUACCUUCCCUCCCACGGAGAUCACACCUACCAAUGCUGACGGAGAGGAUGGAGCUCUGCCUAUCAAUAUCGUGCCGAUUCAGAACCCUCCCUCCAGAGAUGACCUGCCCUUCGCAGAGGACCCCCCUCUCAUCCCUCCUUUCAUCAACAUCAAACCUGUCAACAUCACUGUUCCUCCUGGUGCCACUGCUCAGUUUAAGUGUGCUGCAUCCGGAGCCCCAGCCCCUACAAUAACUAUCAUGGCACAAGAAGAAGCAAUGACCUCCUACAGUCCACCGUCUCUCGAAGAAAGAGAAGCAGCUAAAGCCAGUGAUCCGGAUAGUAGCAACGUGAAUAUUAUUCAGGAGAUAGAAGAUGUGACUAAGGAUCAUGAGGGAUGGUAUACUUGCAUGGCUGGCAAUGUUCAGGGAGCGGUAUUCCAUGACGCCUAUCUCCGAGUACUGGAUCUCUGUGCCACCAUCACUUGUGACCCCCCUAAAACUUGUGAACCCGACUAUAUCGCCGGGACUGCUACCUGCGUUUGUCCGGAGUGUGACACUACUUUUGAUGUGGUGUGCGGUUUUGACUGUAACACGUAUUUCAACCCGUGUCAACUGGAACAACUGGAGUGUCAACAAGGGACUGAUAUCGGUAUCUGGACACAAGGAAUGUGCCCUGCUGUUGAGAGGCCAGUCAUCACCGACACCAUCUUCAAAAAGGGACAGACCAGCGGAGGUAUGAGUCUCAAGUCCAGCCCGACCAGUAUCCACAUCGUCUCGGAGGGAGAUAGUUUUACUCUCACAUGCGAGUUACACUACAGUUGA